CAUUCCCUCUGCACCAAACCGAGAAACUUUCUAACGCAGCACCUUGUGUGGGAGGAAAUACCACGAAGCAGUUUUUUUAUUCGCAUUAAGAAGAAACCACACCCACUGCUGGGAUUCACUCUGAGGCUGGACACGGCAGGGAGGACAGCAUCGCGGUGCACAGACUGAUCUGUGAGUAGGAGCGACUGAUCAAAGAUUCCAUGCUGCGUAAAAGUUCCAGCCAAUCAGAGUCGUGCGUAAAAGUUUCUUUUGGAGAACAUGCGUAGCUUUUGCGUCCCAGAGGCCGCUCAAAGUUUUCCAUCAGGAGUUGGGACUCUCCUGUCAGAGCCCGCUCUGUUGCUCGCUCCCACUCUGACCUCCAGAAGGCUGACCCAUCCUGAGCCGCGGCGGGGUUUGGCAUGUUGCGGGCCUGAACUCAUGGACAGCGCUGACAUGGCUGAGGAGGAGCCCCGGGUGUCCCUGGAAGCUGCUGACCUUUGGAAGCAGUUCCACACACACUGCACAGAGAUGGUCAUCACUAAAUCCGGGAGGCGCAUGUUCCCGCCGCUCAGAGCCAGGUGUACGGGCAUGAACAGGAAGGCCAAGUACAUCCUGCUGAUGGACAUCGUGGCCGCGGAUGACUGCAGGUAUAAGUUCCACAACUCGCGCUGGACGGUGGCCGGGAAGGCGGACCCGGAGAUGCCCAGACGCAUGUACAUCCACCCGGACAGUCCUGCCACAGGAGAACAGUGGAUGUCCAAAGCGGUCAACUUCCACAAGCUAAAACUGACCAACAACAUCUCCGAUAAGCAUGGAUUUACAAUUCUGAACUCGAUGCACAAAUACCAGCCGCGGUUCCACAUAGUGAAGGCCCAUGACAUCCUGAAGCUUCCGUGCAGCACCUUCAGGACCUACGUUUUCGCUGAGACGCAGUUCAUCGCAGUGACAGCGUACCAGAACGACAAGAUCACACAACUGAAAAUUGACAACAACCCUUUUGCGAAAGGAUUCCGGGACACUGGGAACGGACGGAGAGAGAAGAGGAAGCCCCAGCAGUCUGGACGAAGGUGCAGAGAGGCGGAUGGGAAGUGUGCUCCGGCAGCUGACUGCGGUGACGUCAAGUCUUCAGAUGCUUACAGUGACAGCGACAAAAGCUUUAACAGUGAGGAGUGUCCUGAACCAAAGCUGUUUAGAAGUUAUCAUGGAGACCAGUCGGGGAUUUCCUUCACUCUGCAGGGCUCCCAUCCCACAGAAAACUCCAUCAGAAGUGAUGUAAUGCGCGGCAAGCAGGACUCAGGCAGGGAGCGCUCACUCUGCAGCAGCUUUGCACCCAACUGUGUUUACUCUCCGGACUUUAACCGACACCUGUUGGAUGUGAACGCCUCUGGCCAUCUCCUCCAUUUGACACAAGUAAACAGCUGGUACAGAUGUGCCGCUGAUGGAGGCUUGCGGUGUGGUUUCAGACCGGCAGCGCCUGCUGGGACUCCGCUGUCGGUCGCCCUCAAGCAGCACACAGGGCUCCAGGAUGUGAUGAGCCUCCCACCAUAUGGAGGCUUUCUCUUCUACCCGUACUCCCCCAUGAGUUCGUCAGUCCGGCACCAGAUCCCGGUCACGCAGUCCAUACUGGAUCCCAAUUCCUCUCCCAGAGGUUCUGCACAGAGUUUAUUCUCCUCUCCGGUUUUAUCCACAUCUGUUCUCCCAUCAAAGGAAAGCAGCUUCAGCUCCUACAAGCCAGAGUUACCAGCAGGGGGAGAAAUCUGACUCAAAUUUCGACUGAUCUGCUGAGACUAAAUGUGAUUUAAUGUCCCAGUCCUCCGUACCGCCUGCAGUGUAGACUCAGAGGAUGAAUGAACGGCAUUCUCUUAGACGCUGCAUGAACUGAAUGACAGUAAUCUCUUUCAUGUU